AUGGGCGUCUUUGAGGACAGGGCUUGCCAUCAGCAAGACAAGAAAACUACGAUGACAACACCACCGCCGCGAAACAGAGAUUUCUAUCGGAUCAGGUUUACUUGCCCCUUGACGGCGCUUCCCUCCCCCUUUUUACCACACCUUACUACACUAUGGGUGUCCUUUGUUGCUAACUUUGAUCUCCAGGCAGGUAUCCCUUGGCCCGCCGUUGCCACAAACCCAUGUGCUCCUAUGUCGCGACCCGCGAUGCCGGCCUGUCACGAGUCCGACGUUAAGUUACCGCGAGAAAUCAGUCCGCAUUUCCCUGGCCGUGGUCAAGAGGGGAGAUCGAGCCUCGAAGUUCGGCUGUUUAGACGGGAAGCCCCAGCAACCGGUCCAACGACCAACGCAUAUCUCAACACCCGUCUCCGACCUGCUGCUCCUCCUGGACCCCGUCGCCGAGUGCUCGAUGGUUUCUAUCCUGGGGUUGUCAGCUCUUCCGAGACAGUCCACGUUCCUUUCGCCGCAGUCGGCAUUUCUAUGAUUCGAAUUGCCCUACAACCCCCGAAGGAUGGCUCGCGACGGUCUCUUCGCCUUGUGGAGGCAAACCGUUUCCUGUCAUGCAUAUCUAUAUCGGUCUAG